CUGCGGUGAAAGAACACCAUGACCAAAAGCAGCGUUGGGAGGAGUGGGUUUCUUUCAGUUUACAACUCUCAGGCCACACUCCAUUGCCGAGGAAAGUGCGGGCAGGAGCUCAGACAAACCAGGAGCCUGGAGUCAGGAGCUGCUGCAGAGGUCCCGGAGCAGGGCUGCGUCCUGGCUUGCUCUUCACGGCUUGCUCAGCUUGCCUUCUUAUAGAACCCAGGACCACCAGCCCAGGCUGCCCCCACCCACAAGUGAUUGAACCCUCCCACAUUAAUCACCAAUCCAGAAAAUGUACCCCAGGCUUACCUAUCUAGUCAGGGCAUUUUAUUAGUUGAGGUUUCUCUCUUCUAAAAUGACUACUGUGUAUCACAUUGACAUAAAACUAACCAGUACAAGCCCCCGUGGGGCCUGGAAUUUCUUUAAAAAACUUAAUCCAAUUGGGCAUGGCGACUCAUAUCUGUAAUCCCAUACCAGAGAGACUGCAUGAAUUGUAACCAGCCUGGACCACAAGGUGAGUUUAAGGCUAGCCUAGACUAUAGAAAAGACCCUCUAUGCUCUCUAAACAAAAAAGAGAAGAUAUUCUCUCUGUCCCACAAAGUAUGAGGAGUUCUCCAUAGCCCAGAGUCCGGCUACUAGGCCUUCUACCUUUCUUGGUCUCUGCUUCAUGCUGAGGAAAUCUGGAUGUUGAAAGAACACACCAGAGUCACAUGUGUCCUGAUAGUUCCUGAAACCGGCAGUAAAAAAUGGAAGUAGUGUUUCUUUCUCUAGACUGUGAGGCAGGGAAAUGGGGUAAUCCUGGGUGUGAGAUUGGUACAGAUCCCUGCAUUGGUUUCUAGCCAGAGUGUUUCUGAUUCACAGGGUUUUCCAUCAGAAGUGAAGGACCUCUGCUUUGGAUGUCAGAGAUGAGAAAUUCUGUACAAUGGGGUGGCUCGAGGGAAUGAUCUUUUGACCCCCAUCCUUCAGCUAAUGGCUGGCUGUUGUUCUGCCCCUCAGAUGUGCCAGGUGUUCUGCUGAGUGCUGAGCAUUCAACCAUGAGAUGGCACAGAAAAGUGUGCGGCUCUGGGUGCGAGUCCUCCACUGACGUAGACCAAGGCCUCCUUACAGCACUGGGGACUUAGCCCAAAGUACAUGAUUUGGCUGACUUCCUCCAUGGCAUAAAUGUCAGGCCUGGAGCUUCUCCCCAGGACAGGCUUCGGAGGCACAUCUUCAUCAGAGUGGCCAACAGAACGGGUGAUAGUCUCCAGUUUAUUGAGCCAACAGAAGGCCAUUACCUCAUUUAGAGAAGCCUUGUUAGGAGGUCUCAUGUCCCUUAACCGAUGGUUGUUAGGGCCUCUAAGAUGUGGAUGCUGUGGAAGGGUUAAUUAACAGUGACACUAAGUAUUGGGGUUUCUGGGAGUAUGGCCUCAGGGCCGGAGAAUGAAAGGGGCUUGUAGUUUGUCCAGUACAAGAGAAGCCUUGGAAAGUAUGGUAGCUGUCCUUCAGUGUCUGAGGAAACAGGCUGAGGCUGAGGGUCAUGUCAGAGGGGACAGAUUUUGGCUUCAUAAAGGUCAGUGCUGUCCACAGCUGGGCUGAUUCAUGUGUUUGGCAAACAUUCAUGGCAAGUUGCACACACCACAUUAAGUCUGUGCGUGGAGAGCCAAGUCCUGUUCUCAAGUUUCAAAUAGUCUGCAGGUUGGAGAGUAGUCCUUGCUGGUGUGACGCAGCAGAGGGCAGACAGGCACACACAUAUCAGGAGGGCAACCUGGCAGCAGGAACAGUUAAAGGCUUAGACUAGGGAGGGUUGGACCAGAGACCUAGACCAGGCUGCCCAGCUCCCCUAGAGCCAGUGUUCAGUUGCUGUUGUGGUGAUGUGUGGGCAGACCAGGAAUGUCUAAGGGGAGGGGUUGGCUUGGGCCUGCAGCAAAGCCCAGUUAUCAGUUGGGUCUGAACUUGAGUCUCCAAGCUUCAUUCAGUGCUGAGGCCUUGAAGACCUAGAUAGGACAAAGGUGGUAAGAAAGGACUGUGCCGAGAGCGGAGGGAUGGCUCAGUGGGUAACACACUUGCUUUAUAAGCAUGAGGACACGAGUUCAGAUCUCCAGAACCCUCACCAAGCUGGGCAGAGUAGCCCACAUCUGUAAUCCCGUGCUUGGAUGGCAAAGCAGGGCUGGGCGUAGGAAAACCUCCGGCAGGUCCUGCACCAGUUAGCCUGGCUCAUCCGGCUCACAGAGCUGGUAAGCAAGGGCGGAGGCGGAGACUAAGGCCUGGGUUCCCCUCUGACCUAUGUGAGCACACAGAGAGAGAAGGCACUUCUCCCUGAAGAGCCUGCGUCCAUACUGGGGGUCUCCAGGAUGAAUGUCAGUACCUCCUUCAGCCGCAGCUGAUUGUCCGACGACUGCUGGCCGUGGCUGUACUUGUUCCUGGUCGACCCUCAGAGCAAACCCUCUCCUCCCAUAAUCGUUCAGCCUUGUACAAAGUGUCCACAACCCAGCCUGUCUCGUGCCUUGGUCCCUGGGGCUGCCAUGAACAUGCCCCAGUCACUGGGCACCCAGCCACUGUCCCCGGAGCCACCAUCCCUGGGGGCUCCUGUAGAAGGGUCUGGAGCAGUAGCACCGGCCGAGCACUGCUGGCCAGUGCGUCCAACUUUGCGCAAUGAGCUGGAUACCUUCUCUGUCCACUUCUACAUCUUUUUUGGUCCCAGCGUGGCCCUUCCACCUGAGCGCCCAGCUGUGUUUGCCCUGAGGCUGUUGCCAGUGCUGGACAGUGGGGGCGUCCUCAGCCUGGAGCUCCAGCUCAAUGUGACCUCUCUGCGCCAGGAGAAUGUAACAGUGUUCGGAUGCCUGACUCAUGAGGUGCCCUUGAGCCUGGGGGAUGCUGCUGUGACCUGUUCCAAAGAGUCCCUGGCAGGUUUCCUUCUCUCGGUCAGUGUCACCUCCAGAGUGGCCAGGCUGCGAAUCCCAUUCCCACAGACGGGGACCUGGUUCCUCACCCUCCGUUCUCUGUGCGGGGUGGGACCUCGGUUCGUGCGGUGCCGCAAUGCCACGGCGGAAGUGCGGCUGCGCACCUUCUUGUCGCCAUGUGUGGAUGACUGUGGGCCCUAUGGCCAGUGCAAGCUGCUGCGUACCCACAACUACCUGUACGCGGCCUGCGAGUGCAAGGCUGGGUGGCGGGGCUGGGGCUGCACAGACAGUGCGGAUGCGCUCACCUAUGGAUUCCAGCUGGUGUCCACACUCCUCCUCUGCCUGAGCAACCUCAUGUUUCUGCCGCCCGUGGUCCUGGCCAUUCGGAGCCGAUACGUGCUGGAAGCUGCAGUCUACACCUUCACCAUGUUCUUCUCCACGUUCUACCAUGCCUGUGACCAGCCAGGCAUUGUGGUUUUCUGUAUCAUGGACUACGAUGUACUUCAGUUCUGUGACUUCCUGGGCUCCUUAAUGUCUGUGUGGGUCACCGUCAUUGCCAUGGCUCGUCUGCAGCCUGUGGUCAAGCAGGUGCUCUAUCUGCUGGGCGCUAUGCUGCUGUCCAUGGCUCUGCAGCUGGACCGCCACGGCCUUUGGAACCUGCUUGGACCCAGUCUCUUUGCCCUCGGGAUCUUGGCCACAGCUUGGACAGUUCGCAGCGUCCGGCGCCGGCACUGUUACCCGCCGACAUGGCGCCGCUGGCUCUUCUACCUGUGCCCGGGCAGCCUGAUUGCUGGCAGUGCCGUCUUAUUGUAUGCCUUCGUGGAGACCCGGGACAACUACUUCUACAUUCAUAGCAUUUGGCAUAUGCUCAUUGCUGGCAGUGUGGGCUUCCUGCUGCCUCCCCGUGCCAAGACUGACCGCCGGGUCCCUUCUGGAGCCCGGGCCCGGGGCUGCGGUUACCAGCUGUGCAUCAAUGAACAGGAGGAGCUGGGCCUUGUGGGCCCAGGAGGGACCACUGUCAGCAGCAUCUGUGCCAGCUGAGAGGGGCUUUGGGCCAAGCUCUGAGGGGAUGUGAACCCUGCCUAGGGUCCUCCUGGGGCUGUGGAGCCCACCUAGGUACAAGGGACAAGUUGUGUUUCUUAAUGACACAGUCUUUCUCAAGGAUGACUGUUUUCAGGGACCAGGAGGCUUUCCUAAGACAUGGAGAGUUUCUUAAGAGCCUGGAGUCCUCCUGUGUUUAUGGAGUCCUUUUUAAGAAUGAGCUAUGCAGGACACUGAGCCCCUGAGGACCAGGGAGUCCCUAGGGGUGUGGAGCCCUUCCCAGGGAUAGGGGGCCCUCCCACAGACAUGAGAUGCUUCCCAAGGAGACACAUUGUCAUCAGCAAUGUGUCAUCAGUACAGGGCAGAAAGGAGUCCAUCCUGGAGAAACAAGUCACCAGAUUUUCCCAGUGGCUCAGCAAUAUUGGCCUUGGGCUGCUGUGCUAGACAGAAGGGCUGCGAGAGCGAGAGAGAGCGAGAGAGAGAGCGAGCUGGGACUGCCAGGAGCCGGUGGCCUGGUGUGGUGCAGGUGGAGUCUGCUGUGUCUCCAAUGAAGUAUGGACUAAGUC